GGAGAUGUUAAAUUAGAGUAGUAUAGCAGUGGUAAUAGUGUAUGUGUGUGAUAUGAACACUCUCACAGGCUUUAGUUUUCCAUCAGACAUGUAUUUAAACUAAUAUAUAUAUUCUAAAUAUGUGUGUACCUAUGUGUUGAAAAAUCAUAUUCUAUGCUCAUACAUAUCAAGGAAGUUUGUGGUCCUGAUGUAUGUUUAUGCCAGGGCAUUUUGGGCUAACCCCUUGUGUUCCUAGGUUACUGUUUAUGUAUUGUAAGUCAAAAGUGGGCCUACUUUAAAACAACUGGGUGACCAAAAGAGAUCAGAAUUGGGAUUUUGUCACAAUAUUGUGGCUCUGUUUAGUAUCUGGGAAAGUUGUAGUAAGUUGUAAAAUGGUCCAUUAAGUGUAUUAGAGACUUCAUAGCUAUGCUAAUUUCCAAUUGUGCUGGGUUUGUAAUUUACAUAUUAAAAAUUAUCACUUGGUGGGUUCAGGAACAAAGCUGAUAUCCACUUCAAACAUUAUGCUAAACAUUCCUAUUUUUAGGUCCAGUUAUUCCAAUGGAAAGAUGCUGAUUUUACUGUGUCUUGGUAUAGGUGAAUAAUUUUCAGUGAAAAUUUUUUUUUAAAUCAGUUUGAUUAUAGUGGUUGAAUGUCUUCACAGACUUUCAGUUCAUUUUUAAUUUUAAGACCUAGGACAAAAAGAUUGUUGUCUAACAACAAUACAACCCCUUCUUCCCAUUUGAAACCCUUUAGAUAUUUGGAAGAGAAGUGUGAGAGCUUUUAAGAAUGUUUUACAGAGAAACUUUAUAAAACUGUAUGACCAAUCACUUUCAUUACUGUGAAGUUAAAUCAUGCACAUAACCUUCCCCCCAAUAGUUUAAAAAUAUGACGCGUAGCACAUGAUAUUUCUCUAGAUGUUUAAGGUAGUGCGUUAGGACAGAUGCCAAGAUAACUAGUUAAUACUACUUUUAAAUCAGGCUCUUAAUUAAAAUGCUUAUUUUUGUGCAAGAAAAGUAUACAUUAAACCGAAUUUGAAAAGAUUAGAUUGGAAUUGCCUCAAAUUCAAUUAAGCCACACUGCAUGGACAUGCUGGGAAUAUAAACACAAUUAUUGUAAAAUUGUACAAGCUGAUUUGUUGCAUUAUCUUGCUGAUCUAACAUACGGUACUUUUUGUGUCCAUAUUGCAGACGGCAACUCCAAACUAACAUGGCAGUCAGACUGUGUGAUGUGGCUUCUCUGCUUAGAAGUGGUUCGUGGGCAGCAGAGCCUUGGACUGGGGAAGUAUAUAGAACAGAUGAAAGAAUUCCCUUCUUGGAGAAGAGAAAAGAAAGGUUUGGAGCAGGUAAUUGCUGCCAUGGAAACACAACUGUCUAAUGGGCCAACUUGCAAUAACACAGCGAAUGGUCCAACCACCAUAACCAACAACUGCUCAUCACCAGUUGACUCUGGGAACACAGAGGACAGUAAGACCAAUUUAAUAGUCAACUAUCUUCCUCAGAAUAUGACACAGGAGGAGCUGAAAAGCCUAUUUGGGAGCAUUGGUGAAAUAGAGUCCUGUAAGCUUGUCAGAGACAAAAUAACAGGUCAGAGCUUGGGGUAUGGCUUUGUGAACUACAUUGACCCUAAGGAUGCAGAAAAAGCCAUCAACACGCUGAAUGGAUUGAGACUUCAAACCAAAACAAUAAAAGUUUCCUAUGCUCGCCCAAGUUCAGCUUCGAUCAGGGAUGCAAAUUUAUAUGUCAGUGGACUUCCGAAAACAAUGACCCAGAAGGAAUUGGAGCAGCUCUUUUCCCAAUAUGGACGAAUUAUUACUUCCCGUAUUCUAGUUGAUCAAGUUACUGGAGUAUCAAGAGGUGUAGGGUUUAUUCGAUUUGACAAGCGGAUCGAGGCAGAAGAAGCUAUCAAAGGUCUAAAUGGCCAGAAACCUCCAAGUGCCACAGAGCCAAUCACUGUCAAGUUUGCUAACAAUCCAAGCCAAAAAACCAAUCAGGCCAUCCUCUCUCAGCUGUACCAGUCUCCUAACAGAAGGUAUCCAGGACCACUAGCUCAGCAGGCUCAACGUUUUAGGUUGGACAAUCUGCUCAAUAUGGCUUAUGGCGUAAAGAGUAGGUUUUCUCCAAUGACCAUUGAUGGAAUGACCAGUUUGGCUGGAAUUAAUAUCCCAGGGCAUGCAGGCACAGGGUGGUGUAUUUUUGUGUACAACUUGGCACCAGACGCAGAUGAGAGUAUCCUGUGGCAAAUGUUUGGGCCCUUUGGAGCUGUCACCAACGUGAAGGUCAUCCGUGAUUUUAACACUAAUAAAUGCAAAGGUUUUGGAUUUGUGACUAUGACAAACUAUGAUGAGGCUGCCAUGGCAAUAGCUAGCCUAAAUGGAUACCGCCUGGGAGACAGAGUAUUGCAGGUGUCCUUUAAAACAAACAAAACGCACAAAGCCUAAUGAGUUUAUUGUCCUCAGUCCAUUUAUAUAUGAAAACUACAACAAAGGCAAGUUAAGAGAAACUUUAUACAUUAGUAAAUGUCUUUGUAAGUCAAGUGUUGAGGUGGGGAUAAAAUAACUACUUAGCAUCCUAAGAAAUAUGUGAGUUUUUUUAUUGCUAGUAUUUGAAUUAAAACUUCUUAAUAUCUUUAUGUUUGAAUAUGGACAAGAGAUACAGGGUUUUUACCUGUCACAUUGCAUUCUAUUGCCUUCUUUGAAGAAGGUGGACCUUUUAAAGUGUUUCAGCUAAGGGAAGAAGUUUAUUUAUUUAUUUUUUUUUUUACAUAACUGCCUUGAACAUGUGAGUAAAUAUUGAGGCUUUGUGUUAUAACCCUUAAGUUGGUUGUGUUUCUUUCACUUCUUUUCCCAGUUUGCUUUGUGUUUAUUUUACAUUUAUGCA